AUGCCCCCUCGCUACCACUCUUCCCGUCAUGUCUGUGGCUGUUAUGUAUACCAUUCUGAGACAUCUGAGCGGACUUACCUUCCUCAGGUAAAACUUGAUGCUCAUACAACGAUACUUUCAACGGCCGCCCGCACCGUGCUGACGCAGACAUUCGUCAACCGUUCGAGAGAGGCAUUGAAUGAGAUCCGAUAUGCGUUCCCGCUAUUCGAUGGUGUGAGUGUCGUUGAGUUCUUCUGCCAGAUCGGCGAGCGCACCAUCUACGGUCUGGUGAAAGAGAAGAACGAAGCCAGGAAGACCUACGAGGAGGCCAAGGAGCGUGGCGAAAGCGCAGCGCUACUUGAGCAACUGCCUGACGCGGCGGAUGUUUUCACAACUUCUAUCAGCAAUAUUCCAAACGGCGCAUCCGUACAAGUAUCCGUCAAGUACGUGCAGGAAUUGAAGCACGAUGCUGAAGUCGAUGGUAUUCGUCUCACCAUCCCCUCGUCAAUCUCGCCCCGUUACGGAUACUACCCAGGAAAGCUUCAAGAAACCUCAGCAGAGAUUGAUUCCAAAGGAAUCUCUAUAACAGUGGAUGUGAACAUGGCGCAAGGGAUUCCUAUCAAGAAAGUCAUUUCCCCAUCACAUCCCAUUGAAGUCACCCUCGGAUCGUUAUCAACCAGUGCCAGCGACGAAGAUGCUUCAAUUUCGAGAGGCUCUGCCACACUCGCCUUGGGCACCACUGAACUAGAAAAGGACUUUGUCUUGCAGGUGGUUGCGAAAGACAUCGGUAUACCUCAGGCGAUCCUCGAAACACACCCGACUCUCACCAAUCAGCGCGCAUUGAUGACGACAUUGGUGCCCAAAUUUAACAUCAAGUCGCAAAAGCCCGAAGUUGUGUUCAUUGCAGAUCGUUCCGGUAGCAUGGAAGGCCAUAUUCCCACUUUGAAGUCGGCGCUCAAAGUGUUCUUGAAGUCGAUUCCCAUCGGCUGUUCAUUCAACAUCUGCUCAUUUGGAAGCAGUCAUUCGUUUCUUUGGCCGGAGAGCCGGAUGUAUGACCAGGAUACACUUACUGAGGCUAUCCGACACGUCGAAACGUUUAGGGCAGAUUUUGGCGGUACAGAGACUCUCGCUGCGGUCAAGGCCUGUUUUGAAGCUCGCAAUACUGGACUUCAAACCGAGCUCAUGCUGCUCACCGACGGCGAUAUAUGGUCCCAAGAACAGUUGUUCAACUACGUGUCCGAGAACACGAAAAGUGGCGACGUCCGUGUAUUCCCUAUUGGAAUCGGUAGUGGCGUCUCUAGUGCGCUGAUCGAAGGCGUUGCGAGGGCAGGGAGAGGUUUCGCUCAGAUGGUUGCCGACAGUGAAAAGCUCGACAGCAAGAUCGUCCGGAUGCUCAAGGGUGCACUCACGCCUCAUAUCAAAGACUACCGUCUCGAAGUCAAAUACGAAGACGGCAGCGUUGAAUCCGUCGCUGACAGCCUCCGUGUGAAACUCAGUAUUGCAGAGGAACCAGAAAGCAAAGCUACUGUCCCCGAGACGAAGCCUAUCUCGCUUUACGACCCUGACGUCCAAGAAGAGCAUCCCAAGGACGGUGAGCCAAAGAACAUCUUCGCAGGUCUACCGGAACUCAAGCGCCCGACCCUUUUGCAAACACCUCAUGAGAUACCAUCAUUAUUCCCGUUUAACCGUACUUGUGUCUACCUCAUCAUGUCUCCAGAGUCAUCGCACCUGCAGCCGAAGAGCGUGGUACUCAGAGGUACCUCACCUCAAGGCCCACUAGAGCUCGAGAUUCCGGUCGAAGUGCGGAAGGACGCCGACCAGAUGAUUCAUCAGUUGGCGGCGCGCAAAGCAACACAAGAACUUGAAGAAGGCCACGGUUGGCUGUCUGAGGCUACUGUUGACGAUGCAGGCGUACUGGUCAAAGACAAACAUCGCACCCAGUUCCCUCUGCUCCAGCGACGUGAGGCUGUCCGUCUCGGAGUUGAGUAUCAGGUUGGCGGCAAACACUGCUCGUUCGUAGCCGUAGAAGCCAACGAGGCGGAGAUUGCGGAGAAGCGGAAGAAAGUACUAGAAGCGAUGCUGAAUCGUGAUGACAAGGAAAUUGACAACGACUGGGAGGUAUUAGAAGACGCAUCAGACUCGUCAGACGAUGAGCCAGUACAGGGAGGCGCGAAGCAGUUAGCCUCUAUCCAAGCAUACUCCAUGCCCGUCUCUGCGAGUGCAAGUGCACGAACCGGUAGGGUUCGUCGGCAGCUCGCCGGUAAGGCAGCCCCUUCGUCGGGUGGUUUCACGGCAUACGGCGGGUCUCCUUUUGGUGCCCCAGAAGAGUUUAGUGCAUGCUCUUCUGCAAGCCAAAGCAGCACUGGGCUUUUUGGCGUAGCCUCUCGUGGUGGAAGAGGUUUGGGUCGAGGCGGUGCAAUGCGUCACCGAAAAGUUGCACCUCAAGCUACUAACGACUGUCAUGAUUUGAGUCUGGGCAUGGAAGAGAAGGAAGAGUCAGAUGAAGACAUGGGUUUUGCCCUUAUGGACAGUCCUGUGUCUCCCCAAAGUCCAGCCUACUCGCCAACGUCGCCGUCCUCACCCAACAGCAAAAGGCAAAAAACUGAAGAAGAAACUGGCACCCUUCUUCAACGCCUCAUCGCGCGUCAGUCUUUCGAAGGCUCGUGGGCAGCUAUCGACAAGCUUCCCUGCGACGAGAUGAAGCUUGAUCGCGAUGCUGCUAGCAAAGCGAUCGCCAAGCUCACUGAGACGAAUGCUGACAAGGUCUUGGCUACUGCGACCGUAGUUAUGUUCUUAGAGAAAAAGAUGCAGGAUGAAGAAGAAACUUGGGAGUUGGUUGUUGAGAAAGCGCGCGCCUGGCUUGAGAAUGAAUUGGCGGAGGAUGUUCUCGCCCAGGUAUGGCAGUUCGCAGAAAGCAUCGUUGGGAAAAACUGA